AUACAUUGAAUACAUAUUAUAUAAAAAAGACGUUUGUAUAAUUUUAGUCAGAGAGGUUUUAUUGUGGUCGGUCGAACGUUUGGACUCUUAUUGUGAAGGCCGGCCAGGUAUCUACACCGGAAAGAAACACGCGCCUAACUCAAGGAUGCAUUAAAAACAGUGAGACUGGGGGAUGGACUCACAGUAAAGUUGGGAAUUGGCAUCAACAUUGGAUUUAGCUUGGAUUUGAACUAUGGAUAAAUGUGCCUGCCCGCCAUAACUUGUAUUUCAAGUUAAAAUACUAUCGGUUGUCGUCGUCCGGACUAACGUUAGCUAAGUAUCUUCGGCAGCAACCGUGAACCGUUGAUCCCGAUCGAUCCAGCAGAAUGGAUCCUGAGGGUUGCCCACUUAAUCCAGACCAUGGUUCAGAUAGAGAGACUGCCACACCAGACCAGAACCCCAAAUUCCAGAGGAGUCUGAGGAGUCUUCAUAUGCUCACCACGAGGUUUGUCAGGUUGUUACAAGAAGCUGAAAGCGGGGAGCUGGACCUCAGACAUGCUGUCAAAGUCUUGGCUGUCGGACAGAAAAGGCGAAUCUACGAUAUCACGAAUGUGCUAGAGGGUGUUGGUCUGAUUGUGAAAAUCUCCAAGAGUGUUGUAAAGUGGAAGGGUGCAAUGCCGGGAGAAACUGCACACGUGUUAGGCAACAGACUGAUAGAGUUGAAGUCUGAGCUGGAGGAUUUGGAGCAGAAGGAAUGUAUGUUGGACCAGCAGAAAUUCUGGGUCGAACAGAGCACCAGGAACACAAGAGAAGACUGCAGCGAUCUGACCUAUGUAAAUCAUGAGGAUAUCUGCAACUGCUUCACUGGCCGUACUCUCUUGGCAGUACGAGCGCCACGUGGCACACAGCUAGAUGUUCCCAUUCCCAAAGCUGUCCAGAACAGCCCAGCAAAGUACCAGAUCCAUCUGAAAAGCGUCAAUGGGCCGAUAGAUGUCGUACUUCUUAACAAACUCUCUGUCAGUUCUGUUCCUGUCGUACUGCCAGUCCCACCAUCUGAAGAACUUUUACGGAACGCCAAAUCAGCCAUGUCCACUUCAGAUGAUACAGAAAGCAGCAUCGCAGCGUGUCAGGCGUCAGCUAAUACCAAGUCUAGAAGGACGGCCAUAGAGGACAUGCGGCACCUGCAGUCAUUGUUAUGUUUAAAAGCAGAGCCGAACAGAAUUGAUUCAUCUGAUUCACUUCGAGAUUUAUCGAAAGAGCUGCGGGACCUACUAAACCCAACCAAAGAAGUAAUGAAUACAGAUCUGAUCAAAGAGCUUAUGGCCUCAGAAGUUUUUUCUCCGCUCGUCCGUCUAUCUCCACCCCCAUCUGAAAAUGAAUAUGCCUACAAUCUGGAUGAGAGUGAAGGCCUCUGUGAUCUCUUUGAUGUCCCUAUGCUUAAUGUUUGACCAUGAACUCCUGUGUUAAGGACUCAAAGUAAACAUUUGACUUCAGAAAUGUACAUAAUUGUCUGUUUUUUUAAAUAGUUAUUUGAUUAUAACAAGUAAUAAAUGAAUGCUUUUGAA